ACCUGUUCCGGCAAGGAAAGUGCGAAAUUGACACAGAAGGAAUUUCCAAGGCCUACAAACUGAAGGCUCCUCAUAUCCAUCCGGACAAACGGCCCGAAUGUCAAUAUCAAAUUCCAGAAUCUCAAGGAUGAGGCUGCCCGUAAGCGUUACGAUGAUCUCUUCCUCCUGAAGCAUAGAAGUAGAAGAGCAAAGUUGCUUGGAUGAUUUUGUCAACGGGUGUCCCCGUGUGAUGACCUCGAAUGGCUGCCGCUGGCGGGAAGUGCAUUUGAAAUCUGAAUAAUCUGCAUAAACUCCACAAGGAUUAGGAGAUUUUAUAGCUGCUGCAGUUGAAUCAAAAUGGGUUGCUUGAAAGUGUGGAAGAAUACUCCGUUUGAGAAUCAGCUGAAACAGGAUUUUGAUGCCACUUAGGAAAGGCAAAUUGAGUUUAUGCCUGUUAAUCGUCCAGUAGUACAAGAAGAGGCAUAUGCCAUAUAAGAAGAGGUUUCACAUUCAUCUCUUGUAAGAAAGCAGAAAGCUAGUGAAGUAAAGCACAACCAUUGCUUCUCCUUCCAUCCGAUCCCAUCAUGCACAGUCUGGGCAAAACAAGAAUGGCUACUCUCUUUCUUUAUUCUCUCUUCCUUAUUUUCUCAACUGCAAGUAGUGUAAAAUAUUGUGGACGCUGUGUAUUCCAAUCCAAAGCUGCUUACUUCCCCAAAACAGCUGAUAUUCCAUUCAAGCAUGGGGAUUGUGGGUAUGGUCCCAUGGCCUUAGGCUUCUACAGUGGACACAUUGCAGCCGCUAGUCCUUCACUUUUCAAAGAUGGAGUUGGUUGUGGAGGAUGCUUGCAGGUCAAAUGCAAGGACCCAGUUGCUUGUGGCAAGGGAGUUGAAGUAGUCUUGACUGGCCUUCAAAACAAAACGAAUACAGACUUGGUUCUCAGCAGCAGAGCCUUCAGGGCCAUGGCUAAGAAGGGCAUGGACAAAAACCUUUUGAAACGUGGUACUGUGGAUGUGGAAUAUAAGAGGAUACCAUGUGUAUACAAGCAUCAUAAUGUAUCACUUCGUGUGGAGGAAUCCAGCUCCCAACCAAAUCGGUUGGCAAUCAAGGACGGGCAUCCAUCUUGGGUUUCAUUCGAGAGGAAAUAUGGGGCAGUAUGGGAGACGAGUGAUGCACCAGCUGGUGUGCCGAUUGGUCUUCGAUUUUUCGUGAUACAAUUUGCAAGCAGGAGAUUUUACCAUGCAGAAAAUGUGAUUCCUGCUAACUGGAAAGUUGGGAAUAUCUAUGACACGGGAUUUCAGAUUGAUGACAUUAUGUACGAUCAGUGCUUUCCAUGCAGUUAAUGCUACGGGAUGGAAAUAACAAUAAUGUGGUUCUGUCACUUGCAUAGGAAAGAGUGAUUUUUCUAAGGGAAGGAUAAGAUGUAUGCAGGAAUCUACGGAUGGAUUAAACAGAAAUAAACAAUUUUGGUAACAUAGUUGGUUUGAUGUAUUUUCCUCUUUUUUGGAUCCAUAGAUAAGUUUCUCUCUUUUGUUUUUUUCCCCCUGUAACUUGAACCCUCUUGAGUCUUGAGUCUUGUCUGGUUUGUGGUUUGCAUUUCAGCUUUAAUAAACAAAUUUGAGAUA